GAAAGCAAUGUGAGGAGGUGGAAUUUCGCAACAGGAAGGGGUUGAAGAAAGGUGAAAAGGAAGCGCCUUAGAGCUUAUUGCAUUAUUCCUCACUGGCGUUUGUAAUGCAGUCUUCCCAAUGCAUUGGGAGCAAUGUACGUGAGGAGUUUACGCAAAGGAGAAAACGUGAAGAAGGAGGUCUUCGAGAUGGUCGGACACAUCCGCGCUGAAUUCAUCGCCAGCUUGCAUGAGAUGGAUUGGAUGGAUUCCACAACUCGGCUCCGAGUGAAGCAGAAAUGCGAAAUGAUGAAGGCCGAUAUUGCUUAUCCUGGGUGGAUGUUCCAUGAUGACAGAUUCACUAAACUUUACAAUAGGUUGCCAGCCAUGGCUCCGAUCGAACGAGCAACUCUUCGCUCCAUCGUCUACGACGAGUUCCUCCAAGGACACUCUGCGAGAGCCGCCGCGGACAACAUCUGCGCUGCAUUCGAGGGCAACGACGUCCACUAUUCCACGGUGUCUCGAUGGUUCGAACGCUUGGAAUCUGGCGACACGACCUUCGGAGAUCGACCACGCUCAGGACGUCCAUCGACAGUCGAUGACGAAGCCCUGCGGAACGCCCUCGACGCGAAGCCGAACGCCACCACUCGCGAAUCGGCGACUACACUUGCAGUCACACCGAGGCCGCCUUCCCACUUUUCCACUGAGUUUCGAAUAGAAUUCCUCCUGGAUAUCUUGGACAUCUUUCGUUAG